AUGCACUUCAUCAUCCCUUUUGUACUGGCUCUCGCUGCCACGACUGCUGUUGCGCUGCCGUCCCCCAGGAACCGUCGCGAGGUCGGCGUCGCCCGUAGUGCCCGCAGCGUGCUCAAGCGGUCGAGCAACAACAAUACCCAGUUCGACGACGAUGUGUCUGGUGUCAGCAUAAAUGCGACUGCAGGCACGUUCUCGGGCAUCGCAGCGUCGAUCACGGUUCCGUCAAUCAGUGUGCCCGAGGGCGGGGCUCUUCCCGUCGCCAUGACCGCCAUGAUCUCCGUUGAUAUUGCAACCUGCCCGAACACCAGCGUCGCAGCUGGUAUCCUCUCU